AUGGCACUUGCAUCAUUCUGUUCAAUAUCCGUCACUCCAGUCGCCGCAAUGGCUUCCCCUGUCAAGAAAAUCGCCUUGCGGUAUCUCGAUAAUAUCAAUGAGACUCCUUCCAGACCCCUACAACCAUCGCUGAAACAUAACUUUACCCCUCGCCGAAAUGGCGAAGAUUUGGAUAUACUUGCCAAACAACUAAAUGUCACACCUUCCAAAACAGACCUCAUCAAAAACAGCUAUGAAUCUCCGUCCGCUACCAUAACCUCAUUCAAAUCUUCCACUAGUAGCAAUGGCUCACCAAGAAAGUACAACUUGGCUGCUCCAGAAUCUUCACCAUACUUAAGAAGCCCCACCAACUCUACCGAAAAAUCAUCGCCCGGAUACGAGUAUCUUUGUCGGAUCUCCUCAAUAAAAGUAUGGUUGGAGUCGGUGUUGGGACACAAGAUAUCUCAGACACCAGUGGAGUUAAUUAGCUACAUUCGCAACGGUAUUCAUCUCGCCGAGCUCGCCAACAUCAUUCUUCCUACCCACCAAUCUGUGUUCAAAAAUGAUACCCGGCUUCAAUUCAAGCACACCGAGAAUAUCAACCGGUUUUUUGAUCUCCUUGAAUACCUCGAUGUUCCGGAUCUCUUUAGAUUCGAGCUCACUGAUCUUUACGAUGCUAAAAAUGUCCCCAAGGUUUGGUACUGUCUCUAUGCUAUGAGUUAUAUGCUUCACAAAGCAGACCUGCAGUUCCCAACGAUAAAGAACGAGUUGGGGUUGCUUGAUUUUUCCCCCGAAGAUAUACGGGCCGCUAAUCGUUCACUCGUGGGAAGUCCACUCCCAAACUUUUCCAGUGCUGACUCUGUGAGCUCGGGAAAUAACUCUUAUAUGAACCGAGCUCUAGGUGGCUCGCAAACAAUGAAAGGGAUGAACAGUCCUACUCGAAGCCCUACUCAAAGUUCUGUUCGGAGUCCUACUCGGAGCCCUGUAUCUCGUCCCAUUUCCAAGAAAGAACCACUUCCCAAAACCACACCAUUCUCCACCAAAUUAACCUCGCUAGUCAAUCCUUUCAAAGAGGCUCCCAAGUUGAGCUUCGACUCUUUCACCCCACCACCACUGAAUGAUAUUACUGUCACCAGUUCCCAAAUUCGAGAACUUCAGUCCUACGAGCCUGAAAUAAUGAAACUUCAAGCUCUUGCCUUGGGUGCUGCGUUCCGCUACAAGAUGUUCGUUGACCGUAUAAUGCUCAAGUCCUAUGAGGAGGAGUUUCUCCACUUUGUUUCUAUAAUUCGUGGAAACUUGUCAAGAAGAAAGACCGUCCACAGGCAUAGAGACGAAUUGAUUCUUUACAAGUAUGAUAUCAUCGAAUUGCAAAGUUUAGCUCGAACCAAAUUGUUUAAAAAGGAGAACAAUCACGACUUAACUGUUCACGAUGCUAACAUGGUGUCGUUCCAGAGCAUAGCACGGGGUGCUAUAACAAGAAAUAGGACCAGUCAAAUUAUGGAAAAUCUCUUGUCUCACGAAUCUAAGCUUAGCACAUGGCAAGCUCAUGCAAAAAUGAUGCUAGUUCACUCCAAGGCAAAAGUUGUAAUUGAGCAUCGUCAUGAAAUCGAACCACCUAUAACCAUACUCCAAGCGGCUUGCCGUAGAGUCUUGUAUGAGAGAUUUACCAAGAACUGCGUGGCUGCAAAUUUGUCAAACGAAAGCACUAUAGUACAAUUGCAGUCCGUAAUUCGAGGUGCCAUAUCUCGCCGGACUAUGGCGUAUAAAAUAAAGUACGUUAAAAGGUUCAAGUUUCCAAUAAUUGAAUUGCAAAGCAUUGCGAGGGGUGGAAACUUGCGUUCCAAAUUAUGUGACGGUGUGUUAAUGGCAUUGGUUGAUGAGCACGAUGUCUUGAGCGAAUUAUACGCCAUUUCACGAGGUAAUGCAGUUCGGAGGAAAACUCAAAACAGAUUGGUAGCCCUUCAUUCGUUUGAGGAUUCCGCCAUAACUCCAAUCCAAACCAUCUUCAGAGGAGUCUUUGCUCGUUUCAAGAGAGAAAUUCUCUUGGAUGAUUUGUAUUCUGAAGUUCAUUCUAUCAUCGGGCUUCAAGCAGCUAUUCGUGGAUUUAAGAUAAGAAGUAACCAUCGCCUGAUGAAGAAGUAUUAUGACAGAAACGUUGAACAAGUCGUGAAAGCUCAGGCAUUCAUCAGAAGCACAUUCUCGAGAAACGCAUACAAGUCUUUGCUCAACAUGAGGAACCCUUCGCUUGCGGUUAUUCGGAACUUUGUCCAUUUGCUUUCCAACAGCGACUGUGACUAUCAGCAAGAAAUUGAGCUCAAUGAUUUACAAGAUUUGAUAGUUGAGAAAUCAAAGCACAACGAGGACUUGGAGUCUAAGAUCGAAAACUUGGACGUUAAAUUGGGACUCCUCGAUAAGAACAAGAUAAGUGUGGAAGACUUUGUGAAAAACAAAAACAAGUACAAGACGUUCAAGCCUGCUGCUGCAGCCAAUAACAACUCACUCGACAAAUUAAGCAAGAAUGCCAGAACAAGAAUUGAAGUAUACCAGUCCUUAUUUUACUUACUUCAAACCAACCCUGUUUACUUGAUGAGGCUCUACAGGAACAUGCAAGAUAACGCAGGCUCGUCCAAGGCACUUGAUAGCUUACAAAAUCUGGUCAUGCUACUUUUCCCCAUCAAGAACACCUCGAUAAAGUAUCAUUCUAGAGAGGAGUUUUUCUUGAUGCGUUUCAUUACUGAGUUGAUGAAAGUAGAAGUGGGUGCUUGUCGAAAUCUCAGUGACCUUACGAAACCUCAAUGCUGUCUUUGGAUUGACUUUCUUCACAAUUUCAAUAAUCAUACCUAUCAAAGGCUGCAUUUAAAGAAGCUCAUUGGAAAGCACAUUUGCCGUAUCACCGAAGACGACGAAUUGAAUUUCGAAUCUGAUCCUUCACAAAUCUAUGAAGACAUAGUCAGGAAGGAAGUUAAAGUUCAUGGCUUUAGCGACCGACCGCUGGUACUUCCAGCUCCUUCCGCAAUAAAGGAGCCAGAUGUCUCCUCACAAUUUGUGGAAAACUUGAUGUCUUUACGUGAAUGUGUCUCAGAGAUUUUAAGCACUUUGGAGGCAGUCGUAGAGUCUGUUCCAUUACACAUUCGAAUUGCGUGCAAAUAUGCCUUCGAUCUUGUCAAAAUCAACUUUCCUGAAAAGACGAAUCUCCAACAUUUAGCCGUCGCAGGAGUGAUCUUCUACAAGCAUUAUGUUGGUAGCAUCAUCCAGAAUCCCGAAAACUUUGGCAUUUCCGUUCGUGAUCCAUUUAAUCCUUCUUUAACAAAUCCUAGGUGUGAAAAUAAUAUGAGACACUUGAAUCGUGUUAUCCUUCAGGUUUUUGCAAUGAAACCUUUCACAGACAACUUUUUGAAACCAUUGAACGACUACAUAGCUUCAUCCGAGGCGUCUGUCACUUUUUUGAUCUCACGAAUCAUUGAUGUGCGCCACAUGGACACCGAGUAUAAUCUUAGUGAUUAUGAUGAUAUUGUGUCUCACGAGCGCCCCAAGCUCACUAUGAAAGUGAGUGAUAUGAUUAUGUUUGAGAAGCUCUUGACCAAAAACAUCGACGUCGUUGCACCCGGAAAUGAUGAUCAGUUAUACAGUGUUAUGCUCAGGCUUGAUGAUCUUGUGAACUCGGCUGAUGAGUUUGUUGAGUUGACCGAGAUAGGACAGGUGACACUCAACUUGAGUCCCCAAACUCAAGAAACUUCUGUGGUGGAUUCAAAGGUCACAUCCUUGUUUGCGCAGGUCAAAAGGUGCUUGUUAUACAUAAUACGAGUUCAAGAAGGCUCGGGAUUGUUGGAACUUUUGAUAUCAGGAAUCAAGCCCCACCACGAACAAUUGUUCAGGGAGAUCAUUUCACAGGAACAAAAAGAAAAUUUACAGUCUAAGCUCAACGAUAAAAAGAGACCAUACUACAAAACUUCGAUUGGAGAUUUACUGUGCAUUUCGUACCACGAUCUCAAGAAAAUGGCACUUGAAAAGAUCUUGCAAUUAGAGUCUAUGGGUCACUUACGAAGAUCCAACUCCUACCAAGACUUAUUGAACAGUAUGGCAGUUGAUAUCAAGACAAAAGACCUGCAGCGAGUAGCGAGAAGCAAACAGGUAGACAUCGCUAUGAAAACUGUUGAUAAGUUGACUUCGAAAGAAAAGUUAUUAGAAAAACAACUUGCAGAUUACAAUUCUCAUAUUGACAAAAUCCUUGCGGAUCUUCAGCUGCGGCCAAAGGAAAAGAAGCUUUUCAAUGUAAUUCCUAUUUUCAGCAAGCAAUAUUUUUAUCAUCGUGAACUCAAGAAAGCUAACAGACUCCCUCAAUUUGGCUCCUACAAAUACACCGCUAAGAAGUUGACUGACCAAAAGAUCUUGGUUGAUUUUGGAGGCAUGAUUAGCCAGUACAGCAGUAAUAUGUCAAAGUUGGACUUUAUGUUCAGUUGCCAUCAAACUGGAAAAUUCACAAUCGAAGUGGCCAGUGGUUCUGUUACCAUUCCUGGAGCUGUGAGUUCGGUGUCUCUCGAUGAAUUAUUGGACCUACAAUAUUACAACAGUGAAACGAUGGAGAUGUUUGACGGUGCUGUCGUCUUUGACACUCAGAAUUUGAUUGGCUUUAUUUUCCGCAAGUUCUAUGAUAUCAAGAAGGAAUGA